GCUCCUCGCCUCUGCCCCCCCCGCUGAUUUUCUGCUGAAGGCUGAGGCUCCAUGUUGUCCCCUCAGCGAGCGGUAGCGGCUGCCUCGAGAGGAGCAGGUGAUGCCAUGGAAAGCGGAAAGCCUGGUCCAGUGCAAGUUGUUUUGGUUCAGAAAGAGCAGCAUUCCUUUGAGCUAGAAGAAAAAGCGUUGGCUAGCAUUCUUCUGCAGGACCAUAUCCGAGAUCUCGAUGUGGUGGUUGUGUCAGUGGCUGGUGCCUUCCGAAAGGGCAAAUCCUUCAUUCUGGAUUUUAUGCUGCGAUACUUAUAUUCUCAGAAGGAAGGUGGCCAUUCAAAUUGGUUGGGUGACCCAGAAGAACCAUUAACAGGAUUUUCAUGGCGAGGAGGCUCUGACCCAGAAACCACUGGGAUUCAGAUCUGGAGUGAUGUUUUCACUGUGGAGAAGCCAGGUGGGAAGAAGGUUGCAGUUAUUCUGAUGGACACACAAGGGGCUUUUGACAGCCAGUCAACUGUGAAAGACUGUGCCACCAUUUUCGCUCUAAGCACCAUGACUAGUUCUGUUCAGAUUUAUAAUUUGUCCCAGAACAUUCAGGAAGAUGAUCUUCAACAGCUGCAGCUCUUCACAGAAUACGGUCGUCUGGCAAUGGAUGAAAUUUCCCAAAAACCCUUCCAGACACUGAUGUUUUUGGUUCGAGACUGGAGUUUCCCCUAUGAAUACAGCUAUGGACUACAAGGAGGAAUGGCAUUUUUGGAUAAGCGUUUACAGGUGAAGGAACAUCAACAUGAAGAAAUUCAGAAUGUUCGAAAUCACAUCCACUCAUGUUUCUCCGAUGUUACCUGUUUUCUCUUACCACAUCCAGGACUCCAGGUGGCCACAAGUCCUGAUUUUGAUGGGAAAUUGCAAGAUAUUGCUGGUGAAUUCAAAGAGCAGUUGCAGGCGCUGAUACCAUAUGUAUUAAAUCCAUCUAAGUUAAUGGAAAAGGAGAUCAAUGGCUCAAAAGUUACCUGCCGUGGACUGUUGGAAUAUUUUAAGGCAUAUAUUAAAAUUUAUCAAGGAGAAGAUCUGCCUCACCCCAAAUCCAUGCUUCAGGCCACUGCUGAAGCCAACAAUUUAGCAGCUGCAGCCUCUGCCAAGGACAUUUAUUAUAAUAGCAUGGAGAAGGUUUGUGGGGGAGAGAAACCUUAUAUGUCUCCUGACAUUUUAGAGGAGAAGCACUGUGAAUUCAGACAACUGGCUCUGGACCAAUUUAAGAAGACCAAGAAGAUGGGUGGGAAGGAUUUUAGCUUUCGCUACCAGCAGGAGCUGGAGGCAGAAAUCAAGGAACUCUAUGAAAACUUCUGCAGGCACAAUGGUAGCAAGAAUGUCUUUAGUACUCUCCGAACCCCUGCAGUGCUGUUCACAGUCAUUGUGAUUUUGUACAUAGCCUCAGGCCUCACCGGCUUCAUUGGUCUUGAGAUUGUGGCCCAACUGUUCAACUGUAUGGUUGGACUGCUGUUAAUAGCGCUCCUUACUUGGGGGUACAUCAGGUAUUCCGGUCAAUAUCGAGAGCUGGGCGGAGCUAUUGACUUUUGUGCUGCAUAUGUGUUAGAGCAGGUUUCUUCUCAUAUUGGUAAUUCUACUCAAGCUGCUGUGAGGGAUGCAGUUGUUGGGAGACCACCUAUGGAUAAAAAAACUCAAUAGCAUCUUAACAGAUCCAGCAGGAGCCCAACCAGUUCCUGGAUUCUUGGAUCUCUUCAUGGCCCUGGAUCCAGGUCCAGAGGAAGGGCAGAUCGGAAACCAUCUGACAAGAGCUGCAACAGGGAACUGCAAUAAAUGAACUGACCUCUUCUGUGGUUUCAAAUUCUUAAACACAUUUCCAUUUCUGUUGGAAGCAUUCCUUUUCUUGCUCUUAGAUCCAAGUCCAUAUCUCUCUUGUUAUUCUCUGCUUUGUGCACUUUAUAGGCAGUGGGGGAAGCUAAAGAAAAAUGUGGAAAUGCAGCUUUUAAGUCUUUUAUGUGCCACUCUAGUGCCUUUUAAGAUUGAAUCCAUGCUUUUGUGGACACAAAGGGGAAGAGAUGGAGGAUAACCUCAUGAAAAUGUGCUAUUGUGGGUGAAACUUGUUAAUUCUUGCAUACCUUACUCAUUUGAGACAGUUUCCUUUUUUAAAAAGUUUACAAAACUUGGAGAAGCUUCAGAACUAAAGACUAACUGAAAAUGAUGCCACUACACUUUUAAAAUCUUAUUUAUAAUUUUAAGAUUCUGUUUGCCAUAUGCCACGGGAAAACCAUAUCAUAUUUAAAUAUACAUACUUUAGAAUGUAAGGUCUUUUACUUGAUAGCUUGGUAGUUUUGUUGAAUCUGCUUUAUUUUUUGUUCCUAUGGCUUUUAGUACAGAGGUAAACAUGCCUGAAAAGCCGGAGUAGCCCAUAAUAAGAGGAAUGAGAAUGGAUACUUUAAUGAAAAAGCUGAGUUUGAAUGAACCUGUGAACGUUUGUCAGUCACUUGAACUUGUGCCUUCGUUUUUUUUAUAACAUAUAUAUGUUAUACGUAGCUCUCAAACAAAAUUGUCAUUUGAGAUAUUUUGUUUUUGAGUAUUGCAUGAGUAUAGAACUUUAUAUUAAGGAUUAGAGGAAAGACUACCAAAUAUUAAUGCCUUUAAUGUCCUUUUUCAAGUGACUUAACAGUAAUUAAUAAUUGAAUUACCUGACUUAAAGUCUUUGCCCAAACUGUUUAUUUAUAUUCUUCUAUGCACUAAUGUUCUUAAUAACGAAGCUAAAAUUGUUAAUUUCACUUCAUGAGUCUUCCUGUAUUUACUUUUAGUGUUCAUUAGUCUGGUAGCUUUAGAAUAACUUUGGCUUAGGAAGGACCAAAGUCCUACCCAAAUAUAGAUAAUAUCUAGAAUUAUCUAUGAAUUUUUUAAAAAAAAUUACUUUAUGAGAUGAAAAAGUUUUAUCUGUUGGUUGCUUUGUUUUCUUUGAUUUAUAAUGGUGAAUUGCAGAUUUUAAAACUUGCCUACAAGUAUUUAUAUAAACAUUCAGGUAUAUGAACCUUAAUUUUUAAGAUAAUUUGAUUUUUGUUGUGGGAGGGAGGUUGGAGGGCUUAGGCAACAUCUGACUGAAAAUUUUAUAUACAUGAAGUAUGAAUGGAAAGGAGAAAAAAGAAAGUAUAGCAUUCAGUUGCUGUCAGGGAAUUUUCUUUUGACAAAACACUUUACCUCUCAAGUAUUUUUAUAAAUCCUGAAUUAAUUCCAAGUCUUUUACAUAUUUUCAUAUUUACAUACCAUCUUGUCUUGAAGUUCUUGCUAUUUUAUUCACUUUCUGUUAACAUUUUAGAAAAAUUUCAGCUUGUUCUAAAAGCUGUUCACUUGCAUCUGAGUGAUAACCAAGCUUUGACUAAUAAAUUGAAAGCUCACUUUAGAAAUUUUGGUGCAUUUUGAGGUGACUUCUCAUUUCUCUGAAGGUUCAUACUUAUAGGCCUUGCUGAUAACUAAAAUUUUAAUAAAUUCUAUAAGUAAAUUUACAUCUAAGUAAAUUUACAGAUUUCAGAAUAAUUGUCCAAAGUGGUUCUACAUUUAAAAGUGACAAAGGAUGAUGAUGCAUCUCUUUAUUCUAAUACAGAAGUAUUUUGUUUCUUUUUUAAAAAGUAUAUGAUUUAAUAAUGUCUUAGGAUUUUGUUCCUGUUUAAUUCACCAUUUCUGUUUUGGUCUUCUACAGGAACAACCUUUACAAGAAUUACUCUGAGUUUUUUUCAUUGUUUUUAGUUACCUUACUCUGCCUCUGGAAAGUGUUUAUGUAAAGUUUUGUGUGACAGUUCUUUGGCCUCUUUUCUCUUUUAACAGUAAAUUGAUGAUUUUAUAUCAACCUUUUCAUGAAUGAUGUCUUCUCAUUGCUUAUAACCAGGUUGAAAAUGUCUUUUCCAUUUUUUUCCCCCUCCAGUCUUUGCUUUGCUUUGGGCUAUUGUGUAAGAGUCAGUGUUCACUGCUCUGUCACUGCUGGUGGACAUUCAUGCACACAUCGUUAAUUUGCACUUUCUUAACAAUAUAUGGAGCACAUUUUUAUUAAACUGUACGUGGAAAUUUUUUUUAAAAUUCCAUUAAAAUAACUCAUUUCA